AUGUCUGAAAGGGACAGCAGUGAAGAUCCGAAAGAGGAGGCCUCUUGUGAAGGUGGGAAUGGUCAGAGACCUGAGGAACCCGGCAGCCCCGCGAGCAGCGAGCGGGGAGCGCAGGAGCGCGCGGCUGAGCCCGCGGCUGGGGAAGGAGCCGGGCACAAACCCCCCGCUCAGCCUGCGGCCACGGAGAAGGCGCCGGCUGCAGCGCCCCAGGUCUCAGAUUCUCCUGCUGCAGCUCAGACGGGAUGGGGGUAUUGGGGAAGCUGGGGGAAAUCCCUUCUCUCCACUGCAUCUGCUACGGUUGCUACCGUAGGUCAGGGCAUUUCAAAUGUCAUAGAAAAAGCAGAAACAUCCCUUGGGAUUCCCAGUCCCAGUGAAAUCUCUUCAGAGACUAGAGAUGCUACGAAAGGGAGCGAGCAGCCUGGGGACAGCAGCCCGGGUGCCGGUGACGAUGGCGCUGCCUUUCCUAUCGCCGGCGCUCUCGGAGUUUUAUCAACCAUCUCUACUGCUGUCCAAAGCACAGGGAAAAGUGUUAUUAGUGGAGGUCUGGAUGCCUUGGAAUUCAUCGGGAAAAAGACAAUGGAUGUGAUAGCUGAGGGAGACCCAGGUUUCAAGAAAACAAAGGGCCUAAUGAGCAGGACCGCUACCCUGUCCCAGGUCUUACGAGAGGCAAAGGAGAAAGAAGAGCAGCAGACAGCCACUGAGGUUGCCAUGGCGACCGAGAAGAAAGCCCAUUAUGGGCUGCUGUUUGAUGAGUUUCAGGGUCUUUCGCAUCUGGAGGCCUUAGAGAUGCUUUCCAGAGAGAGUGAAUCAAAGGUAAAGUUGGUUCUAAAUGCCCUGUCUGGGAAAGAGUUGGACACGCUGAAGGAGGAAAUGGAGCAGCUCAGAGAAGCAUUUUCAUUAGCUGAGUUCUCAGAAGAAGAGGAGGAAGAAAAGAGGGGAGAUGAGGAUUUCGUAAAGGAAGUAACAGAGCUGUUUUCAGAAUUGCAUGUCUCCACAAAGCCAGACAAGCUGAUCAUGGUGAGGACAUCUGCUCAUGAAUGGAUAGCACAAUUCAACAUGGAUCUUUCCAAAAAAGAAGACAGUGAAGAAAGCCAAGCAGAACCCAGAGAUGGUGAACACGAUGCUGAAAAGUCAAUAGAGGAUAUUCAUGCAUUUGCCAUUAGAAGUCUGGCAGAACUGACAGCAUGCUCCAUGGAAAUGUUUCACAAAACUGCAGCCCUGUUCCUGCAUGGUCAGGAGAAAGAUGUGACAGCCGCAGACCGGGCCAAGUCCCUUUCACAAAUGACGAUUGUGCUGUGUAAAGAACUCUCAGCUUUCUCCAAAGAGUUUACUACAUGCUUAAUGACUGCAGGGGUCAAAGAGAAAGCAGAUGUGCUUAAUCCCUUAAUCACUGGAGUGUUUUUGGAGGCUUCAAACAGUGCUUCAUAUAUCCAGGAUGCCUUCCAGCUCUUGCUGCCUGUACUGCAGAUCUCUCUUAUCCAGGCUAGAACGGAAUUAUUGCAGCAAUAAAUAAUCCUUCUCAUUAAGAACUUUUUGACUUUCCCACUUCAUACUUUCCAUGCUGGAGACUGUUAUAAUGGCUGAUAUUAAGGGAAAAAGUUAAAUCUGGUCACUGCUACUGCAAGAAUGGUGUGUAAAUGCAGGCUAACAACGACAGCUCUGCAGCUUUUUGAGAGAUGAGAUUAGCAUAGUCCAGACUGGUGGGCAAUGCGAGAGUCUUAAAGUGCAGACUGCUUCCCUGUUUUCAUGGACUGUCUUUAUCCCUUCCCUGCAAUCCCUCUGCUGUAAGUGUUAAUGAGCUUCUCGGAGAAGCUCUCUGGACUGUGAAGGGAAUGCUGGAGAAGAGUAGCAGCUGGCUGGUUAAAGACUCAGCUAAAAUGAUGGUGUGAUUUUUAAGUGAGACACAUAAUUAGGUUCCUAACAGCUCUUUGUUGGUGCUGAAAUGAAUAUUGAAU